GCAUUCUACUUUUCUUUUUAUAAGUAAAUAGCUGAAAAUACCUGAAAGACAUGUUCAAAGUUCAGAAGUGUUUAUCAGAAAUACAAAAUAAAACCUAACAUUGACUGCUUGCCUGGCUAUAAAAGGAGGACAGAGACAGCAUUAGUAGUUUGUAGUUUGUAAGAGAAAGAGUAAAGCAGCAAGGACACUGCACUUAUGCUUUUAACCAUACAAAGGAUAAAUAAUGGAUUGGAAGGAGAUAAACCCUGUCUGCGUUAACAGCCAAGUGCUAAACAAUGAUCAGAUCAAGACUCUGACUGUAAUUUAUGUAACAAUGCUCUCAAUCAGCCUAAUUGGAAGCUGCUCCACUAUUGUAGUGCCCCUUGCCAGAAGAAGAUGUUUCUCUAAAGAGUUUAGACCACUUAUAUUACUGCUGCUGUCAGAUUUCCUGGCGACCUUAACCCUGUUCAGUAUGGCAGUUAUACAGCUACUUCCAAAUGAAGAAUUCGAGAGUGCCUUCAUCAUCUGUUACCCUGGGGUAACUCUAGCUGUGGUGUUCUAUGGCAUUUCGUUUCUAAUGGUAAUGAUUUAUGCUUACGAAGCCAAGCAGUCAGUUCAUGGAUGGAGAGAAACACUCAUAAGAGGCCAUCAGGAAACUCAAUGUAUACAUCAAGAAUUCAUGUAUUUAAUUUACAUCCUCGCAUGGUCGAUCCCACUCAUCUUGUAUAUGGUUUAUAUUACUUAUACAUCUGUGAUACCCAUGAGAACAGACUUCGCAAACUACACCCACCAAAGAGACCAAGAUAACAGACAACAUUACUCUGAAAGCAGCAACGCAAGCAACACAAGCUACAUUUAUUACUGUUCAAGCUGUAUUAUGCUCAUUCACAGAAAUCAAGACUGCUGCUAUGGGUUUGAAGGGACAUAUACAGCGGGGCUGGUGGAAAAAAUAAUGUUCUUCAUCUAUACCCUGAUAGUCUUAAACUGCUGCAUGUUUCUGUACUACAGGGUGACCCACUGGUGUAAUAAGAGAACAGAAGAAUCUGCUUUGUUGCUGAACACUGAGCGAGACUCAUUUGCUAGCAAAAACAUCCGAAGUGUUUGCAAAACUAUUUGCUUUAUCUAUGUGGCUUUCAUAAUCUGUUGGUCUCCAGCAUUUGUCCUGAGUAUUAUUUCCUUCACCAGUGUUAACCCACGAGAUAUCUAUGGUUUAUAUAUUAUACAGGCCCUCACCAUGUCUCUCCAAGGCUUCCUGGAUAGCUUGGUCUAUGGAUGGUUACGGCGGAACUUCAGGGAAGUGGCUACUGGAGAAAGGAUUCGACUGCUAGAUAAUCUUACACAACGUGCUUUCUAUGAUGAAUCUGUCAACCAGUAAAGAGUUCAAACACAUCUCCUUUUGUUCCAUUAACUUACUCCAAGGCUUUUAUUCAUAUGCCUGUGACUUUUAUUUAUUUGUACUGCCUAAGGAAAUGUGCUGGCUUCAGGUCUAGACUUCCUAAUUACUGAGAUUCAGUUCUCUGCUAUAUCUGUUAAAUAUGAUCAGGAGAUUUUCUCUGGCAGUACUUCAGAAUUCAUGCUUCAAUCCAAUGAUUUUCAUUGUCAUCAGUUAAUGGUAGUGCAAGGGUUUAUACAGAAGCAUAGUUACUUAAAGGCAAAAGUAACCUGGAUUAUCUGUGCUCUUCAUGUUGUAGUAUCACACUGUUAUGGAUCUGUUUUUUAUUAAUGAAUUUUAAACUGCAGUCCAUAUGGCAGUAAAAUAUUCUCAUGAAUUCUGCUAUAACAGAUUGAAAUCAGAUGGUUGCACAUUAACUUUCUCACACACAUACUUAUAUAUAAACUACGUCCUGCUCAUUGUCAACUCUUUUAUCCACAUUAACAUUUAAGCAGAACAAAGGACAUAAACAAGACUGUUAUGCAUAUGAUAACCCAGUCAGCUAAAACAUGACUUUCCAAAUGACAGCCUGCCUUGUAUCUUACAAAGUACAACUAUUCAAAAGUAGAGCGAGUGAAAAGGUGUUACUAUACCUAAGGCAGUUAAAUAAGUCAAUUAUAGGGUUGGGAGGGUGGCCUAAUGGUUAAGGUGUUUGCCUUACAAACAUAAGGUGCAGGGUUUGAUUCU